CCGGUAAAGAAAAUUAAUCAUCAACAUGCAGUCCCAUUCAACGGUAAAUGCAUCCGAAACGGAGACAGGUAAAGGUAAAAGUAAGAUGUCAGAUCAGAUCAGCCAUGGCUACGCUUUGGUGAAGGGUAAAGCAAGCCACCCCAUGGAAGAUUACUUUGUGGCUGAAUUUAAACAAGUUGACGAAAAUGAACUUGGUUUAUUCGCCAUCUUUGAUGGUCAUUUAAGCCAAGAGGUUCCUGAUUACCUCCGUUCUCACCUCUUCAACAACAUCCUCAAUGAGCCUAAUUUCUGGACUGACCCAGAAAGUGCAAUGAAAAGGGCUUACAGAAUCACUGAUAGUACAAUCUUGGAUAAAGCUGCUGAUUUGGGUAUAGGUGGAUCAUGUGCUGUUACUGUCAUUUUGGUGAAUGGUAAGAAACUGUUAGUAGCCAAUCUUGGCGAUUCUCGUGCUGUGAUUUCCAGAAAAGGGGUCGCUAAACAACUCUCUAUUGAUCAUGAACCGAGCACGGAAAGAGCACAGAUUGAAGAUCGAGGCGGUUUUGUGUUAUCCUUUCCAGGAGAUUGUCCUCGCGUUGAUGGAGAGUUGGCUGUUUCAAGAGCUUUUGGCGACAAGAGCUUGAAGGAUCAUCUUAGUGCUGAACCAGACAUAGCUGUUGAGAAUGUGGAUGAUGAUUUGGAGUUCAUUAUCCUUGCUAGUGAUGGCAUUUGGAAGGUGAUGUCAAACCAAGAGGCUGUCGACUGUAUUAAGGAUAUAAAAGAUCCAAAAUCUGCUGCCAAGCGACUUAACGAAGAGGCGCUUGUUCGGAAGAGUUCCGAUGACAUUUCCUCCAUUGUCGUGAGGCUGCACAAGUGAUCUUGUGUGUGUUCUUGAGGGGCUU